AUUUCAGGAUUGCCUUCAUGAUAAUUGUUGUCACGGUGCUAAAAUUCUUCUUCUUAUCUUCGCACGCGAUGAGUUAUAAUUCUGCAAGUUCAUCCAAUAUUAUCACAAAGCCAAUUAACACAUCCUUUGCAUUAUAUGACACAGGAUUCCCGCUUACUCAUUUCGAAGUAACAAUGGAUAACAACACAACAUUUUUCAUUUUACGAGAUAACUCUGGAAUUGUUUAUCAAAUUACUCUCGAUUAUAUCUAUCGCGAACUUGCUUCGAUUGGAGACAACGAAAUUUUUUUGAUUGUCAAUGUAUCCCACUCCGGAGUUGAUUUGCUUUUAACAACGUGUGAUGAUGAGAAAAUAGGCCUUAGACGGAAUGUUGUUUUUCAUGAGUUUAAACUAAGCAAAAGCUCACCACAGUUGAGUGAGGAAUGUAUCAAUUUGCAAGUUAUCUCGUCAGAUGAACCUGUCAAUGGCCAAAUUUCGGUGCAAAUCAAGCCGAUUCAAAGAAGGACCCAUUUGAAUAUUAUACUUGCUGUCACUUUUAGUUUCGUAAUGUGUAUGUUGCUCAUUCGCCAAUGUGCUAAACAAAUUCUUCUCAUCGUCUACGAUUACGAUUCUAUGGAGGAAUUUGAGGCAUAAUGCUUGCUAUCGCCAUUCAGUUUCUAUUGUUCCGUUAUUUUUAAAUAAGACAUUAGAAAGUGGUACUUGUUUAGUAUACCUGGCCCAAAAAUGUUAAUAAUUUUGUAACUUUUACGUGCCCCUUUUUGCCCAUAUUUGGAAAAAAUUUGAAAAAAUUUUUGGGUCUGGUAUACUUCAAAAAUUGUUUUAAUUAAGUUUUUGCUUUUAAUUUCUUGUUCCCGUUUGCCAAAAAAAUUGCUUUUGAUA